GGCACUUGCUUAUCCGCCAAACUUGACUGAGUGGUGAAUAAAAGAAAACCUACUUCCGAUCAACAAAAACUGGCAGCAACUAUACACUUACCAAAUCCAAAACAAAAACCAGUUGUUUCGCUUCGUUUCGACUCGUACACCAGUCUGCCCAAAUGGACAUGCACUUCCAGUACAAGAAGGAUCACGCGUUCGACAAGCGCCGCAAUGAGGGCGACAAGAUCAGGCGCAAGUAUCCGGACCGUGUGCCCGUGAUCGUCGAGAAGGCCCCGAAGACCCGCUACGCCGAGCUGGACAAGAAGAAGUACCUGGUGCCGGCCGACUUGACUGUGGGCCAGUUCUAUUUCCUCAUCCGCAAGCGCAUCAAUCUCCGUCCCGACGACGCCCUCUUCUUCUUCGUGAACAAUGUGAUUCCCCCGACAUCGGCCACCAUGGGAGCACUGUACCAGGAGCACUUCGACAAGGACUACUUCCUCUACAUUUCCUAUUCCGAUGAGAACGUCCAUGGACGUCAAUAG